UUCCUGUGUCGCCAGGGAGGCCGUUUGUUCGUGAUGGGGCGGUUGUGUCUCUAUCUUAGGUGACUUCUACCCGGGUCGUCGGGACGGAGCUGGGAGGACAGCCAGGAGGGCCCACCUGCGCCUUUGUACGACCUGGGGGAGGGUCAGCUAAGCCCGCUGGACCCGCCGGUCUCCGGCGCCCUCACGUGGCCCUACGCUCCCCGCGGUGCGAUGGCGGCGCUGGUGACCCCGGCACAGGUAUUGGUGACCUUCAAGGAUGUGGCCGUGACCUUUACCCAGGAGGAGUGGGGACAGCUUGAUCUGGAUCAGAGGACCCUGUACCAAGAGGUGAUGCUGGAGAUCUGUGGGCUCCUGGUCUCACUGGGGCAUCCAGUUCCCAAACCAGAGUUGAUCCGCUUGCUGGAGCAUGGGCAGGAGCUGUGGACGGGAACAAGAGGCCUCCCACGUAGCACGUGCCCAGGUGACAGAGCAAAACGUCAGACCAGAGAGCCGGUUUUGUCUGAAGGAGCCUUGCUCCAGGGAAGCCUGACUCUGGGAUCUUCAAGGGACUGCAGGUCGAGGCAAGCCAGGGAUCCGGAAGGGCUUUUGGAAGUGCAGAAAGGUCAGCUGAGGCCAGAGACAGACGCCCACAAGGAGACCCAUCCUGGGAAAACGAGCCUUGAAGAUGAUGGUUUGGAGGCGGAUGAUGGUGUGCACUCCAGGGCAUUCCAGGAGAGAGUCUCUGAGGGAGAUGUUCUCUGUGAGCGUGACCCACAGGGACCAAGAAAAGGCCCCCUGAUUCAUAACCUCUACAAGUGCAAGCAGUGCGGGAAGAGUUUUAACAGGAAGUGGUACCUUGUUCGACAUCAGCGGAUUCACACUGGAAUGAAGCCCUAUGAAUGCAACGCGUGUGGGAAAGCCUUCAGCCAGAGCUCAACCCUGACCCGGCACUACGUCAUCCACACCGGGGAGACGCCGUACAAGUGUGCCGAGUGCGGGAAGGCCUUCAAACGCAGGUCGUACCUCCUGCAGCACCAGCCGAUCCACACCGGGGAGAAGCCCUAUGAGUGCGGCCAGUGUCGAAAGGCCUUCACCCACCGCUCUACUUUUAUUCGCCACAAUAGGACCCACACUGGAGAAAAACCCUUCGAAUGCAAAGAAUGUGAGAAAUCAUUUAGCAACAGAGCACACCUCAUCCAGCACUACAUCAUCCACACUGGAGAGAAGCCCUACGAUUGCACAGAGUGUGGGAAGGCCUUCAGGUGCAGCUCAGAACUCCUGCAGCACCAGCGGAUUCACACGGGGGAGAAGCCCUACGAGUGUGCCCAGUGUGGGAAGGCCUUUCACCGGAGCACGUACCUCAUCCAGCACUCUGUCAUCCACACCGGGGAGACGCCGUACAAGUGCGCCGAGUGCGGGAAGGCCUUCAAACGGAGGUCACACCUCCUGCAGCACCAGCGGCACCUGAGAGUUCACACUGGAGAAAAACCUUAUGAGUGCAGUGACUGCGGGAAGUUCUUUAGACACAGCUCCAGUCUUAUUCAUCAUCGGAAAGUUCACACAGGAGAAAGGCCUUAUGAGUGCUGUAAUUGUGGGAAAGUCUUUGCCCACAAAUAUAAACUUUUUGAGCACCAGAGAAUCCACACUGGAAAAAGACCAUAUGAGUGUAAUGAAUGUGGGAAAGCCUUCCUUCGCAAGGAUUCACUUGUUCAGCACCAAAAAAUCCACACUGGAGAAAAUCCUCAUAAGUGCAGUGAAUGUGGAAAGUGCUUCCUUUACAAAAAUAACCUUCUUGUGCACCAGAAGAUCCACAGUGGAGAAAGGCCUUAUGGGUGUAGCAAAUGUGGAAAGUCCUUCGUCUUCAAAAAAAGGCUUCUUUAUCACCAGCGAAUCCACACUGGAGAAAGGCCUUACAUGUGCAGUGAAUGUGGGAAAGCCUAUGUCUACAAAGGAAGUCUUAUUGUGCAUAAGAGAAUUCACACUUUAGAAAAGGCUUAUGGGUGUAACAAAUGUGGGAAAUUCUUUACAAGCAGCUUUGCCCUCAAUAGACAUGAGAAUGUUCACACUGCACGAAGGCGUUAUGAGUGCAGCGAAUGUGGGAAAGCUCUCAACGGCAAAGUUAAACUUGCUGAGCACCAGAGAAUCCAUACUGGAGAAAGACCCUAUAAGUGUAAUGAAUGUGAAAAAGCCUUCAUGCGCAAGUAUACACUUGUUCAGCACCAAAAAGUCCACACUGGAGUAAAGCCUUUUAAAUGCAGUGAAUGUGGGAAGCCCUUCACUUACAAAACAAGUCUUGUUGUCCACCAGAGAAUCCACACUGGAGAAAGGCCUUAUAUGUGCAGUGAAUGUGGGGAAGUCUUUGUCUACAGAAGAAGUCUUGUUGUCCAUCAGAGAAUCCACACUAGAGAAAAGCCUUAUGAAUGUAGUUCUUUGUAGGUAGCUCCAAGCUCAUAAAAAACAAGAAAGUUCACACUGGGGCAAUGCCUUCUGGACUUAUGCUUUCCUUCACUUGAGUUAAUAUCUAGCAGCACAAUUCCUAUGUAGUAGAGUAGGUGAAUGUAUACCUUAUAUGUGGCCAGUCAGACUUUUCUAAAAUGGUAGUAUCUUUUUAUAGUCUCACGAGAAGCACCAGUACAUGAGUUCCUGUUCUUUACAUUUUUACCAACACUUGGUAUG